AUGCGGCCACCAUUACGGCAGGUCUCAAUAGCCCUCCGAGCGGCCCAAACAUCACAAUGCCACCAACAACCACCAACACGACACUUCACCACCACACCCCCCACCCUCCAUAACCCCUCCACCUCCUCCUCCGUCAACGAAACCGAAAUCUCCCAUUUCUCCGCCCUCGCCUCCUCCUGGUGGGAUCCCCACGGUCCCUCACGGCCCCUCCACCUCAUGAACCCGCUCCGACACGACUUCAUCCGCUCGUGUCUCGACUCCACACCUUCCCCAACUUCUGCAGACGAAACCGGCCUCCGCUACCUCGACGUCGGCUGCGGCGGCGGCAUCUUCGCCGAGUCGGCCGCCCGUCUACCCACCACCCACUCCGUAACAGCCAUCGAUCCGUCCCCGACCAUCCUCGCCGUUGCGCGCGCCCACGCCAAGCGCGAUCCCGCCCUCUCCUCUAUGCCAAAACUGCAAUACCUCCCCACCCCCAUCGAAUCCCUCCCCCUCCCCGCCUCCCCCUCCCACCGCUUCGACAUCGUCACCCUCUUCGAAGUCAUCGAGCACGUCGACUACCCCGCCGCCUUUCUCGAGCGAGUGGGGCAGUUCGUGAAACCGGGCGGGUGGCUGGUGCUGAGUACCAUGGCGCGGACCCCGAUGAGUUGGUUCACGACGAUUUUUGUGGCGGAGAAUGUGUUGGGGAUGGUGCCGAGGGGGACGCAUGAUUGGAGCAAGUAUGUUAAUGAGGGGGAGAUGAGGGAGUUUUUUGCUGGAGGGGGGGUUGAGACGGGGUCGUCAUCGUCUACGGAAGGGGGGUUUGGGGUGUGGGGGGCACCGAGAGUGAUGGGCGUGGUGUUUGUGCCUGGGCUGGGGUGGAAAGAGGUGAAGGGGAGUGAGAAGGUGGGGAAUUACUUUUUGGGGGUGCAAAAGGUUGGGUGA